CGAAACGUAUUAAGACUGAAUACGCAAGUCAUCGUUAUCCUAACAAUUUUUAUUUUGAUUUAGUUCAGCGUAUUUCCACAGACGCUGAAAAAUUAAACCUAUCAAUAAUGAAUAACACUGCACUUGGGAGUUUAAGUCCCAAAAAGGACGUUGUUCCCUCGAAUCCUUUCCAAAAGAAAGAAAUAAAUAAAAUCUCUCUGUCAUCUGACCUUGUGAACAGUAAUACAGGAAAGUAUGCUACCUUACCGACUCGUUACAUUCAGCGACCUCAAUCCUGCUUUGUGACAUCUAAAGAUACCUCUUUUAAAUCUCUGGAUGUCAUACUGGAAUGCAGCCCACAGAAAGUUAAGAUGAAGCAGACGAUCAAUACAGACGACGUGUCAUCCGAUAUGGCGCAGCUAAAGGCAGCGGCUGCCAGACUUAAGCUUUCAACUAAAAGACCGAGUUAUGUAGCUUGGCAAGCUAAGGCUCAGGAAAGGUCGACAAUUCUAAAACAGGCGAUUAAUACUGCUGACUGUCUUACAAAGGAGAGGAAAGCUUGGAUUAGCAACACCUUGCGGUGGAUCGCACAAGAACUGGCUGACAUGCGCUCUCAAGACCAACAUUUAGCCCGUCAAUUGCUUUGUAUCCGACAAGACAUUCAACAGAUUAAACUAGAUAAAAGUUGUGAGGUGCACCAAGAUAUGUUAGCUGACGUUGAAUUGGAAAUGGAGGAGCUAGAAGAACUGGCUGAGAUCUGCGACCAGCUGCCUCCAGAUCCUGGACUCCUCGACAAUCCCUUACGCCAUAUUGGAGUCACUAGGAUGAACAUAAGUAGAAGGCGCUUUUCAACAUGUUGAUGAUGUGGAAGAAUUUCUCGUAUGUGCUGUACUAGUGAAACUUUUUUAUAUCAUAAUCAAUAAUAUCUUUUCAAUAGUAUGAGACAUAAGCAUUUUCAACUCAACCGUUAUUCAUAUACAUACUCUCAUCUUUCUUUUUCUGUUUCUCUUCCUCUUCUUUGUUAAUUCUGGUUCUUCAUAUUUUUAUUUCUUUAUAAGCGUGAGGGACUAAGAUCACAAAACCUAUGCAAGGAAAAUUGACUUUGCGUGUUUCUGCAUAUAUAUGUGCCUCUCCGUGCAUGUGCUUAAGCUCGUAGUAAGCAAAACAUACGGUUAUCUGUCACGACUCAUUUUUAUCUGAUGAAAUAAAUAAAUUUUUUGAUAUUUCUACUUUUA